AUGACAACUCCAGGAGAAGCAAGAGGGGGAUACGAGAAGUUUUUCACUGGCGGACUACACACUUUACAUGCAUCAUCAACGAGGGAAGAAAUUGAAGAAUGUUAUGAUAAGUGGGCUGACGCUUAUGACAAGGUAGGUAUCUAGAUGCGGUCGCAAGAGAUUGCUGUGAGCGGUAGAUUCUUUUACUUCAUCAUCGUGGAAGCGGGCUCUCAGUAGCAAACAGCGGCACGAACAGGUCUAUGAGAAGUCUCAUUAUCUUUUCAGAAACCUCGCGCACUCACAUUGCUCGUAGGGUCGCAGGCUCCAAACGCAUGGCUUUCGCCGCUAGUGUCGUGGCGCCAGUGAAAGCCUAAGCUGCUUCGGCACAAGCGCGUUUUUUCAACCGUGGGAAAUAAUGAAGCCUUGAGCACACGAGCCAGCGAGAGAGUAAGGUCUGCUAGAGGUCUAUAGGGCCGGUAUUAUUAGUACCAGACCGCCCCGGAAACCUCUCCUGGACUCGUCUCAACUCUUCCCGCGAGGGAAAAACGCGCGACCUGCUGCGUUGAUAAUGAGGACCUCCUCUCGGGCUCAGUUCGUAGGAAAGAAAUUCUACCCUCUCCGCACCUCUACCGCGGAAUAUAAAUUGCCUCUGGCAAGAGAGGACGCCGUGGGGGAAAACCUCGGUUUUUUUCUAUUUUCUUAUUGGUUUCAUGGUUUAUUUGUUUGUUUGUUUCUUUCUUUUUUUGAAGAUCUUACAUUUCAUAACGUAUGAGGAACGCACUUACAGUUUAUAGGUGAUAAAAUUGUAGAUUGAAGUAUUAAUUCCAAAAGGAAAAUAAAACUAAAGCUAAAACAAUAACAGCCUUAUGCGCCGCACUCCGAAGUUGCUUGCGGCUCUUCGAGGGUUCUGAUUCUUCUCUAGUGCCACCAAGACUUUAUACUUGCUAUGUUUUCCAUUUCAGGAUCUUAUGUCCGCGGGUUGCGUCAAACAUGAACCAAUGGUUAGAGUUUUCGACGAAGCAAUUAAGAUAGCCAUGCCAAGCAAACCAAAAUGCCAAGUCAGAAUAAUGGACAUGGGAUCCGGGACUGGACUUCUGGGAGUGGAGCUGAACAAGAGGGGCUACACAAACGUAGACGCCCUAGAUGUCACUCAGAAAAUGUUGGAUGUAUCUAGGGAGAAGGGCGUCUACACGAAAUUUAUAUGUGCCCAUCUGACGGAGGCACGGACCCCUGGCAUUGAGGAUGGUGAUUACAAUGCCAUAAUUUCAUCUGGAGUGGUUACAGCGGCUUACGGACAUAUUAGACCACCGGCCUUUUAUGAGAUGAUGAGAGUAAUUAGCGAUGGUAAGUGUGGUGCUUUCCUUUCCUUUUAGUUCCUUUCUAAGCCAUGCUGACUGUGCAAAUCAAGUUUUUCUACCAAGAGAGUCUCAAUGGAGGUCAACCGAGAACUGUCAGGACCUCCAGCCCUUAGGAUUGGCUGUUUUUUUCGAUACCUCUUACUAAACCGAGUUCGAGUUUUGCACUGUAACUUGCGGACCGAGUUAUUCCUGCUUGGAUUUAUACAACAAAAACAACAACAACAACAAAAACCGAUGUUUACUGCCUGUGUCUUUAUUUUUCCAAUUAAAUUUUAUUUGUUUUAUAAAGGAGGCGUUAUCUAUUUCAACGUUCGCACCAAGGAAAUUCCUGACUUCCGACCGAGCAUGAAAGAGCUAGAAGAUAAGGGCCUGUGGACGCUUAUCAAGGAAGAACAAGUACCACAUUAUAAUAUUGAAGAUCCUGCUCUACCAAAAAGUACCACUGUAUUUGCGUUUCAAGUUCACCACAAGGAGCGCCACGCUAUUUAA